UACUCAUGUCGCAGUCGAUAUCAUUCUCUGUGUAUUCGAAAAAUCUUUCCAUGCGAAAAAUUAAAAUAAAUAUCAAUUCUAGUUAGGAUUUUAAGUAGCUUAAAGCUAAAUUAGUCAUUGGAAUUAAUUAAAAAUAUAAUGUGUACUAAACAUGAUGAAAAUAACAAAAUAUUGCAUAAAAACUAUUCUACGUUUCCCGACCAAAGGUUCUUUACGGUUAAAAAUGAACUGUGCAAAUUCAAGACCGUUUACUGUGCUCGUAGAAGGUAAUAUAGGAAGUGGAAAAACUACUUUCUUAGAGCAUUUUAGGCAAUUUGAAGAUAUAACUCUGUUAACGGAACCAGUAGAAGAAUGGCGCAACCUCAAAGGCUGGAAUCUUUUGGAUUUGAUGUAUAGCGACCCUGCAAAAUGGGCGAUGACUUUCCAAGCGUAUGUGUCUCUUACUAUGCUGGAAAUGCAUCGCAGACCGACAAGCACUCCAGUUAAAUUGAUGGAACGUUCUAUCUUUAGUGCAAAGUACUGUUUUGUAGAACAAAUGAAGAGACUAGGCACACUACAUCCUGCACAAUUUGCAGUUCUAGAUGAGUGGUUUAAAUUUAUCAACACAGAGAUACCAGUUGAAGCUGACCUCAUAGUGUAUCUCAAGACUACCCCAUCUAUAGUUUAUGAUAGGAUUAAAAAACGGGCUCGUUCAGAAGAGCAGUGUGUUCCACUGAGCUAUAUAGAAGAGCUACAUAAAUUACAUGAAGACUGGCUUAUUAAUAGAACUCAUGCUGAUUGCCCAGCGCCUGUAUUAGUAUUAGACGCAGAUCUUGAUUUAUCUCAAAUAACAGAAGAAUAUAAGAAAAGUGAACACCAAAUCUUAAGAAAAGCUGUAAAUGUUGUUAUGCAAUCACCGAACAAGUUGAGUCCAAAGAAACCAAUCAAUAGUGAUGCUAUUCAGAUUGUUCCUAAGAUAAGAUUAUAAUUAAUUUGAAUAUUUGAUAAGCUUAAUUUAUAAGAAGUUAUAUUUUAAAUUAUGUAGGAACGGUAAAUAUCUGUUUGAAAGGAAAUUGUUAUUCUAAUAACAUUGUUUGACGUGAAACCAGUGACAUUUAUAUAAGAAUAUCUUUCCAGUAUUAUAUAUAUUCCAUGCAUUUGAAUUAACAAUCAAUCUUUAAAAAUGUGUAGUUGAAAAAAAUUACUAACCUUUUUUAUAAAUAUAAAGUCAAUACAACAACAUUGCUUUAUUAAAUUCCUUAGUAUAGCAUUCUUAAUGAAACUAAAUUUUACGAGGGGAAUAAUACUAUAUUCUAUCACCAUUCAUAAGACGGACUUAAUUAUAAUUAUUUUAUGUCAUGUACCCAGACAUGGUUAAAAAUAUAAAUAUAUACCCCCUUAGUCAAUAAUAAAAAUGGCUCUAAUUGCACUCUUUUAACAAAAGCAUGUUUACCUCUCUUUAUUAAAUAGUGUUUUCAAUGACAUGACAACACUAUUAAAACCUAACACUACAAACAACACAAAGAGUAGUUAAAAUGGUGUUAUAAGACAUAUAUUUUUAAGACUAAGAGGGUAAGACUAAUUGAUGUUACUAAUAUCCAGUUAAAACGUUGUAUUAAAUAUGAACAUUUAUUUUAUCGGAAAUUGAAGUUGUAUAAAAAAAAAUUGCACUUAAGUUCUCAAAUAUUUUUGCCAAAAAUGGACAUCUGUGUGUGUCAAUGGACUGUCUUAAUAGGCAUACAGACUUAGUUACAAAUUAAAUUAAUAUUUUAGAUAAAAUUAGUUACUAAUAUUCUAUAUCAUGAAGGUAAUAAACGUUUAUAAUAUUGUGGUA